AUGGAAGUAUGGGAAAACUUGCAUAGCAAGUACAUUGAUGAUGCACUUCAAAAUGGAAGGUCGCUUUGCAUAGGUGGAGAUGGGAGGUGUGACACCCCUGGUCAGAUUGCUAAAUUUGGCUCUUAUUCAGUCAUGGACCUGAAGAAUGGUAUUAUGAUUGACAUACAGCUUGUGCAGAGUAACGAGGUGAAAAGUAGCUGCCACUUGGAGAAGGAAGGUUUGGCAUAUUUACAGAACCAAGGUAUUAAUAUUUACAAAAUAGUAACAGACCGUCAUGUUCAAAUAAUUAAAUGGAUCAGAGAGAACAUGACAGGGAUUGAACACUGUGUAGAUGUUUGGCAUGUUGCUAAAGAACUUUCUAAAGAGAAAGAGUGUGGUGUAAUACAAGACUGGAUCAGGAGCGUCACAAAUCAUCUUUAUUGGACUGCUGCUUCAACACCUGAUGGAAAUGGUGAUUUGAUGACUGACAAAUGGACAUCAGUUGGAAACCAUAUCCAAAAUAUUCACGAGGGUGUGAACAUGAAGAUUUGA